AUGGGCCGCUCACGGAAUCGAGCUCGUAAGAAGAACCUGGGAUAUCCAACCGAAAACUUCAAAUCGAAGACGUCCGACUGUUUUCUCAAUGCUCGUCUACGAAGGGAUCAGGAGAACAACAUCGGAAAACCCUACCCUCGACGUCAUACCGCCAGAACUGAGCGGAAGGCUUCUCUUGCCGCAAAGCUAGGUGUGCCCAAAGACACCACCUUCAUCUUCAGAGACCGCGCUCAAGAGCGCGCGGAAGGCCCAUACCUAGAGAACCUUAAGCUCAACUUCGGAACCACUGUUAUUAUCGACCGAAAGGACUCUUCUCUUGUCCUGGCUGUUAGAUGCAACGAAUUCAAGAAGAUGUCGACUGAAGAACGAGAAAGCUUCCGGUUUGGGAUUUCAACUCCGUUUUUACACGCCAGAGCCCGGAACGUCAAUGAACUUCACCACUCAAUUCAACUCUUGAUUCUAGCACUUAUCUAUUGGGGUUGGAUGGGUUGCUGCGGUUGGAGAGCAGGAACUGACCCGGGUAAAAAAUUUGCCAAGGCUGUUGCUCGCAGGUCCCUAUUUGCUGAAGGACUUUUCAGUUAA